AAUAAACACGGAAAUGUUUUGUGAUAAAAAUAAACAAUAAACCAUUGGUGAGAAAACUCAGAAUUAAUUUAUUGAAUAAAAAUUUUAUUAAUUAUUGAUAAUAGUAGUAGUAUAUGUUGAAGACGAAAUGUCAGGCGAAGUUUUAAAAGACAAUUGGGUAGAGAUAGAGAGGCGAGAAGUGCAUGGAUAUUUUAAUGAAAACAAAUCAUUAGACUGCAAGUGACUUUAUUAACACUCACUGUCGUCACAUAUUAAGUGAUACAUUUAUGUAUAGACUAAGAUACAAAAAUUAAUUAAUAAUUUAUUGUAUUAUACAUUUGCAUGCUUAUGUUAAACAUUGGAUGUCAUCUUGUCAUAACAUAAAUAAUUAAACUUUUAAGUGCUACUCAGCUCUUUUUAAUUACCAUUGAUACUCAUUUAUAAGAAAAUUUAUAAAUAUUUUUAUAUUUGUUAAGGUGUUAAAAGUAAAUAGUUUCUUUUUGCAACGUGACUUGUUUUGUUUAUGUGAAAGUGUCGGCUAUACACGUAAUUAGUAAUUACAAUUGUACUUGUGAUUCAAAUCUAUUGAAGGAUUUUAUUUAUUCUUCUCCAUGAACCUGAUUCAUUAUUUUGGCUAAGAAAUUUUUUUCUCAAUUAUUUUUUAUGAAAUAACUUCAAUGUCACAGCCUAGCAAUCAAAAUAUUAUCACAAGUUAAAAAACCAUCAACCGUGGAAUAAUUCCGUCAAAAUGUUAUCAUCCAGAAAACAACAUAAUAAUAAUUUUAAUAAAUUAAUUAUCCUGUUAUUUAUAAGUAUUUUGAGUACCAAUGUUAUAUCAGCACCUUCAAGUGAACUCAAAAAUUCGCCACCAUUACCACCACCAGCAGGACCACCAUCCUCAAAAAGAAUUAGCAUUUUAGAGGACCCCCAACAUCCAAGUGCAUUAGCCUGGAGCGUAUUGUUACUAGCAGAUAGCUCUGUGUUGGAUUCCCCAAGUCCACCACGGCGUAUAACUCCAAAGAGCAUAUUCAUAGCACCACCAUUGCAAACCUGUCCUGAAGGUUAUCAACCAGACAGUAUGAAUCGUUGUGUAAAGGAUGUCAAUAUUAAUCAAGAAGCGUAUUUUGAUUUUCUUCUUCAACGGUUGAAUGCAAUGUACGGUAAUCUAGGAAAUCCUCAGCAUUCUAAUCCACCUUCCUCUUCUUCUUCAUCUCCUUCGUCAAAUGGUUCUUUAGGACCUUUUCAAUUAAACAUUCCUAUUGUCAUAAAUUCUGACAAAGAGUCACCAAACCCAGAUAGUGUUUCUGAAAAACCUUCUGUAUCUGUAUCAGAUGAUAAACGUCCAGAAAAUGAAACAAAAAAACAGGAAACAAUAAUAACAGUUUAUGAAAUUGAAGAAUCCAACAACAAUAACAACAACAACAACAACAAAAAUGAUGAUAAUAAUAAUAAUAAUAAUAAUAAUAAUGAAACAAAACCUAACGAUGAUAAAUCAUUAGAAAAUGAACAAUUAAUUCCUGUUGUAGAAAUUAUCGAAACGAAUCCAAAUGGCUCUGAAAUAGUAGAUUAUACAAUUCCUAUUAAAUUAUAUAAUGUAACGAACAAUACAGACACUAAAAAUAACACAGUUACUUCAAAUAAAGAAAACUCAUUAAAUGAAUCAUCAGUAUCAACUCUAGUAGUUCUUUUAUCUCCAACGAAAUUACAACCAAAUAUAACGGAAGAUUCAAACAAAAUAAAAAACCAAAGUAUUGACAAAGACAUCGCUAAUGUAAGAAAUAGUUCCACGAAUGAAGAAAUAAAUAUAAGCCUUCCUGAAUCUACAGUAACGACUACUUUAAGCCCUAUUAAAAUUUUUCUCAACUCAUCAUCAUCAUCAACACCGCUGUCGUCAUCCUCAGUAUCAAUAAACACUAAUACGGAUUACGAAGAUGCGGCUCAAGUAACUGAAAAAAAUGGUGAUGUUAUUUACGAUGAUACUUACAAUAAUAAAGAGACCAUAGAUUAUAACACAGAUGAAGGCCUUGAAGAUCAUACGGAAGACUUUGAAGAAUCUACGGAAAGUGAUUAUGAAAUUCUGAAGCACAGUGAAGCUGGUAUGGCUGUAACGACUUCUUCACGGUUUUAUACAACAUCUUCAUCCAUUGCACCUGAUGUUCAGAAUGAUAAAGAUAAGGAUGAUAGUGAUAAAAUAUCAAGUGAAGUUCAUAUUAAUCGUGAUUUUAUUCGUGAGACUACUUUAGUAGGUCUUAACUAUGAUAAAAAUAAUGGUUCAACUGAAAUUGAUAAAGAAAUCCAAUCAACAACGCCAUUGGACGACGAAGACACCGAAGACAAUACGGAAAUAACAGAGAACACGGAAAAAGUAACAGAAUUCCAAACACAAAUGCCAGUUUCACUUGUUGACAAAAUUUUUGAUCCGUUUGAAAACAUUAAUCCGGUGAUAACGAUUGAGGAAGCUUCGCUAACCGGGUUUAUUGACAGAAAGACAACGACGACAGAAACAAAAGUAUUUAAGUCAACAACAGCGACAUCAACAACACCGUUUAUUGUUUAUCCAAGUCAAACUGAAACUCCAAUUUCUCAAACAGUUAAUCCGCUUCCUCAAGCAGAUGUCGCAGAAAUAAUGGCUGUAUCGUCAUCUAAUGAGGCUGAAACUGUUUUGCCUGAACAAGAGUCACAAAAUCCAAUUAUUGUAAAACCUAUAGAUAAUAAAACAAGCCAAGAAGCAUCCUCCUCACAUAAUCCUGUCACGGAUCCAAAAAAAGAAGAAACGUUUUCUCAAAAUAAACAAGUUUUUGAUUAUAAUCCGGCUCCGCAUAUUUCCAGUUUUAGUAGCCAUAAAUUAGAAGAUAAUCCCGUGAUAAAAACAAUUGACAACCAGAAAAUCGAUUUGAAUAAAAAUCCAGUCAAUUUUUUUCCCAAUAAUAAUUAUCAGCCUCCCUAUAAUCCUCCAAGAGAUUACGUACGAUUUCCGAUGCAUGACCAGCAGCCAAGUCGUCCGAAUUAUGUAAGAUUCCCGUCAGAAGAAGCCAACAGCAUUCACACGGAUGAUUCAAAAGAACGUUAUCAUAACCGCUAUCCACCUCUGCAAAAUAAUCGACUUGCAACAGCUAAACUUGGAACUUUCAAACGCCCGGUGUGGCCGAUACCGCCAACAUGGCGCCUAGAUCGACAGCAUUCACGCGUGAAAUCAACUGAUGAUGAAGAUCAAAAACAAAAUGAAAAUACUCCGAUGUUGAUGAGAUUUUGGAAACGAAUGCCAUUGAUUUUAGAUCCUAGUUUAAUAAAUAAUUCACCUAAUCUCUCGUUUUCACAGAUCCCAACUCAAUUUGAGCCCAAUGAACGUACCGGAAGAUCAUAUUCUUCAUAUCGAGGGAGUUACUAUCAAGAAAUGUCACCGCAAGAUGUAACACAAUCUUUUAUACGCAUUCAACGCUAAAUAAAAUCGAUACUGCAAGGAAGAGUUCUUGACUAGAUUCUCUCCUUUUUUAAAGUUUUUUUUUUCAUAACGUUCUUGAUGAUGAAGAAGACUAUCAUCAUGAAUGAGCAAUGAGGAUGGAAUCCCCCCGACUCUCUCCGUUAUCAAUACUGAUAAUUAUCGAUUUAUCGAUUACGAGAAGUGAGCAUGGGUCUACGUGGGCUUAUAAGUACCCAUUAUGCUGGUUCAAAUACAUAUAUUAAUUAUAAUUAUUAUAAUUAUACAACGUUUGUCCAGCACGCACAUAUUUCAAGACUGAUAGCACUAUUACAGAGAAAAAAAAUGAUUAAUAAAAAUAAGAGUCCUGAAUAAAGCGAGUUGGAUAGACGGUGCUUUUUAAAUUUAUUUAUUUACUUUAAUAUUUAUAUUCGAAAUAACUAUUUUUUUUGUUUCCUUCUUGUCUUGAAAUUGCUCUUAACAGCAUCAAUAAAUCAUAGCAAUUAAUUGUAAUAGCACUUAAAUUGAAUGUGAUUUAAAAUACUUGUGCUGAAAAAUAAAAAAAAAGUAUAUACAUGCAAACUUACAAAGUAACUUGAUGUUUGAAUAAUUAAUCAUAAUCAUAAAUAUAUAUCUAAGAAUAAACGUUUAAAUGUGUAUUAAAUUUAAAUAAUUUGAAAAGUAUAUAAAAAAUAUGUGUGAAUGACUUUGACUUUAUGGCCAGUAACUGUUACUGUCUUAAUUAUUUGUUUAUUAUUAUUUUUAUAAAUCGAUCGCACCGUCUUGAAAACAUUAUAUUAAAGCCCACUCUUUCCUGUAUUUGUAUCUCAGUAUGUCGCCAUACAUAUCUAAUUAAUAAUGACUUAUUAUAUAUUAUAUUUAAUAUAUAUAUAUAUAAAUGUAUGAAUGUCAACUUGUG